AUGAAUUAUUUUUUGAAAGAUCAUAACGGUUGUGCAGCUAAAAGGGUGGUUAGCCAAUAUAUUGGAAGGAGUGCAAAAGGCAUAAAAAGAUACGAGAAAAACCUUUCCACUUUUAGUGCUGCUACUAAGGAUAGUAUAAAGGAAUGCAUAAACGAUGUAUGCAAAAGAAGAAAAUAUUUUACUACGUUAUCUUUUUGCAGUAAUAAGAGUAUAUUAUGUGAAAACAAAAAUAUUUUGUGGGAAAAAAUUAACAUUAAACAAGGGUCUCCAUUAGUAAAUAAAAAUAAUAAUUUUCUUUUUUUUUCAACUAAUAAAAAAAUAAAAAUUAUACAUCCAGGAAAAAUAAGAAAUGUAGCAAUUAUUGCACAUGUUGACCAUGGGAAGACAACACUCGUCGAUAAGUUGUUAAAACAAGGUGGUGAAGAAACUAAUAACGAAAGAGUCAUGGAUCAUAAUGACUUAGAAAAAGAAAGAGGUAUUACUAUAAUGUCCAAAGUGACCAGAAUAAAAUAUGAUGAUUAUUUUUUUAACAUUGUUGACACACCUGGUCAUUCAGAUUUUGGUGGAGAAGUAGAACGAGUUCUUAAUUUAAUUGAUGGAGUAUGUUUAAUUAUUGACGUAGUAGAAGGACCAAAAAAUCAAACAAAAUUUGUUCUUAAAAAAUCACUUUUAAAUCCGAAAUGUAAAAUUAUUGUAAUUAUGAAUAAGUUUGAUAAACCUAGUAAUAUGAAAAAAAAGGAAGAAAUUGAAAAUGAAAUAUUUGACUUGUUUGCUGAUUUAAAUGCCCCAGACGAAUUAAUGAAUUAUCCCAUUCUCUAUGCAUCUGCCAAAAAUGGAUGGUGCACUGAAAAUUUCGAUGAUGCAAAGCAGAAUAAAUGUGAACACAAUAAUGUCCUAGUCAUAUUUAAAAAAAUUAUAGAAUAUUUUGAUGCCCCAUUGACUUUAUCCUCCUCCAGUGAUAUUACAUCAUCAGAUGUGAAUCCAUCUAUGGAACCUGAAAAGAUGCUUACAUCGGACAUAAACAAUUCGAACGAGCCUUCAAAAUGCAAAGAAAUCAUUGGAAAAAAUUCAAACACAAAUAGGUGUGCAGAUUCCAAACUAACUGAAACCAGAAUUAUGAGCGAACCAUUCAGUAUGCUUGUUAGCCUUAUAGACCACCAAGAAGGAGUUGGCGUUACAGUUACAGGAAAAAUAUAUGGAGGAGUUAUAAAAAAAGGAGAUACUAUUAUUGUGAAAAAUGAAGAAAAUAAAAUAAAAGGAACUUCCGUAAUUAAGAAUAUAUUUUAUAUGAAAGGACGGAAAAUAGAAAAUGUUAAUUUUGCUAGUGCAGGAGAUAUUGUAAAUAUUUCUUUUUCUAAAGGUGUUACGCCAUCAGUUAAUGAUACCCUAUCAUCUGAAGAAACUGUUUCAAGUUUGAAGGCAAGACCAAUUGAUCCUCCAGUUCUAUGCCUAAAAAUUUCUCAAAAUACAAGUCCAUUAACAGGAAAGGACGGAAAACACAUAACCUUGUCAUCUAUUGGAAACAGACUUAAAAGAGAGGCAGCUAUAAAUGUAGCAAUUGAAAUUAACGAAUCAGAAAAAAAGGAUAGUUAUGAAGUUAAAGGAAGAGGUGAAUUGCAAUUAGGUAUAUUAAUUGAAAAGCUAAGAAGAGAAGGAUAUGAAAUGACUAUAUCUUCACCAAAUGUUAUAUACAGAAAAGACGAAAAAGGAAAUUUAUUAGAACCUAUUGAAGAAUUUCAUAUUACUAUACCAUCUACAAUUAGUUCUAAUAUAAUUGAAAAAUUAAAUACAAGGAAGGCCGAAAUUUUAGAUAUUAUAAAUGAUGAUAAUGACAAUACUUUUAUUAAAUGUAUAUGUCCAUCUAGAAAUUUUUUUGGCAUGAGAUCAUAUCUACGUGAUGUAAGUAAAGGAACAUCGAUAAUUAAUUCUGAAUUAAGAGAAUAUAAAAAAAGACAAACAUCGUAUAAAUCUGAUAGAAAUGGUGUAAUCAUAUCUUCAUCCAAUGGAACUACAACUGCUUUUUCCUUAGAUCCUAUUCAGUUAAAAGGAAAUUUAUUUGUAAGUGAAAAUUACCCAACUUACGAAGGUAUGAUAAUUGGUGAACAUUUCCUAAGUAAUGAUAUUGAAAUGAAUGCUGUCAAAGUCAAACCAGUACAACACUUAAGAAAUAAAGGACAUGAAGAAGCCAUCAGGAUAAAUUAUAAAAAUAUAACUAUUGAAUAUGCACUCUCAUUUAUUCAAGAUGACGAAGAAAUAGAAGUUACUCCAAAACGAAUUGUUAUGCGAAAAAAAAUUUUAAAUACAGAACAAAGAAAAACUGCAAAUAGAAAGGCCAAAGUUUGUUAA